UAAUUAAUUUUUGUAACAUUGAUAAUUUAAUUUUCACUUACUUUACAACACAAUCCUGUUCAAAUGAAAUUUAGAUCGGGUAAACGCUGUGCACAAUACAUUCAAUCACUAAUGUCUGAUGUGUUAUAAUAGUGUGUCUUCUACUAUUAGUAUUAGUUACAAAAUUUUGGGAGUUAUCCAUAUUUUCACAGUGAUACAUAUAGUUCAUGAAAUGUCUUGUUACAAGGCCACUAAGUCAUUUAUUCCUUGUAUCUUAUUCUGUGAGAAGAUAAAACAGAAUUGUCAACAAAGUCUAUGACGUGUGGCUCACGUUUUGCUAACACAGAAGAGGUCGUGGUUUUUUUUUUCUAUAUCGUCCGGUUGACACAGAAAUAGAUUUUUUGGAAGAUUGCCUUAAUACGCGAGGCCCUCUUAUACGUAUGCCAGGUCCACUAUACGGUUGACCAACAGUUUUCCAAACCAAAGCAAUGUAGAUACAUUUAAGUUUCAAAGUUUUCAUGACUGUAUUUCAAAGUUGUUGUUUAAAUUAUUAUUUUUUUAAUUUAUUUUUUUAUACAUAUAUAUAUAUUUACAUAAGUUCGGGUAAUGCUUCCAGAAAUGAAUGGUCACGCUUUGUCCGACAAGCGUCGCACUAGGUACACUCGAUCCUCUACUGUUAGCGUUACGCAAAUGUUAUCGGAUUCCUACUCGAGUCUUAUUAACCGUAUUACCGGACGAUCUCGUGGUCCGUCGGAAUCGAUUCGUAAACCCCCCGAACUUAAACCUAUUGAAACGACCACGCGAAAUCACAAUAUUCCUUCAUCGUCGUCAUCGUCUUCAUACCUUCCGAGUCCGUUCCAUUCUUCUGGUUACUCUUUGCGAAAUGAAGAACGUUACCUGUCUGCUUUAGACGCACAUCGUUAUCGACGACAACAAAGACCUUUGACCAAAAGUGCAACGACAGUUCUGUUAUCGGAAAAAGCGUAUCCCUUUGUCCAUCAAACCCCUCGCGAAAAAACCCCUUACCGCCGCCAUAAACCUAACAUGUUAUUGUCUAUACGACCAUUAAAACGGUCACCGACUACCGUAACCACAGCUGUUACUACUACCCCUCCGACAAAUGAAUUGGAUAAAGCCGAACAAACCGCAGACCCCGUGAUAACAGAACGUGAAGCCAAACGUAAGGAAAUACAAACACUGAUUAUGAAAUAUUCAGCCAUAGACAAUGAGGAAGCUAACGAUGACACCCCUAGUGCUUUGGCCAAGUGCCAACAAAAGUAUUCUUCCAUUCUUACCUCUUCUGCAAACUUCGGUCAACGAGCAAGAAGUCCGGUCAUUGUGGAUGACGAAGAGGGACAUCUGAUUUACAAAAACGGAGACAGUCUGGCCGAUAGAUAUCAAAUUAUUCAGACACUUGGCGAAGGUACUUUUGGUAAAGUGGUCAGUGCCAAAUCACUAAAGAACCGUGAUCAGAUAGCUGCUGUGAAAAUCAUUAAAAAUGUCGAAAAAUAUCGAGAAGCGGCUCGUUUGGAGAUCAACGCACUAGAAAAACUGAAUGCAAAAGAUCCAGAAAGCAAAAAUCUUUGUGUUCGUAUGAUUGACAAUUUCGAGUACGGCGGACACGUGUGUAUCGGCUUCGAGUUAUUGGGAUUGAGCGUGUUUGAUUUCUUAAAAGAAAAUAACUAUCAACCUUAUACCAUCGAUCAGGUUCGACACAUAUCGUACCAAUUAUGCUACGCCGUCAGAUUUUUGCAUAGAAAUAAACUCACACAUACCGACUUGAAACCGGAAAACAUUUUGUUCGUGAAGUCCGAUUACGAUAGCCAAUAUAAUCAGAAAAAACGUGCUUACAAAAUGAUACGAGACACUGAAGUCAGACUAAUCGAUUUCGGUAGCGCCACGUUCGACGACGAACAUCACAGUACGGUGGUCUCCACUAGGCAUUACCGAGCUCCCGAAGUUAUUUUAGAACUUGGCUGGGCUCAACCGUGCGAUGUUUGGUCCAUCGGUUGUAUCAUAUUUGAACUUUACCUCGGCAUUACAUUAUUCCAAACCCACGACAACCGUGAACACCUUGCGAUGAUGGAGCGAAUACUCGGCUCGAUACCUCAUAAAAUGGCCAGACGGAGUAAAACGAAAUACUUCUAUCACGGGAAACUCGACUGGGACCAGUCUAGUUCGGCUGGACGAUACGUCAGAGAAAACUGUAAACCAUUAAAGAGAUACAUGAGCUCCGAAGAGGAAGACCAUAGAUUAUUGUUCGACUUGAUCUCCGAACUGCUCAAUUACGACCCAGCGAAACGUAUGACCAUGGAAGAAGCUUUGGAACACAAGUUCUUUUACAAAUUACCGCCACAUCAGAGACUGCACGACAAGGAGGAAAGAUCGCAUUCGCUUUCAAGAUGAAAUUAUCGGGAUGGCCGUCGCCCAUUGGCUUCAGGCUGGAACGCUUUGUCAUAAGAUGCGAUCAAAGGAUAUUUUUAUUUUUUAUUGUUACAAUACUCCGUGUCUUAGAUUAACUAAUUAAUCUAAGAGAUGAAAAUGAAAAAACAAUAUACAUAUAUAUAUAUACAUAACUUGUAUAUAAUUAUUUUAUAUUAAAUUAUGUUUUUAAUGUUAGUAGUUUAUAUCAAAUGUAUUUUUAAGAAAUGAUUUUUCCAAUCGGAAAUAGAUUAUUAUUUAAAUUGAAC